UAGGAUGUGGAAGAAACUGCAAUCCGUGUUGCUGUUAGCCUUUUAGCUUUUUAACAGUAAAAUAUGGCAAAGAUUCGCGGAGGAGGGACGUGAAAACGACAGCAGGAACAAAGGCUUCGUAAACCGGAGAGUUGUUUCUCAAGUGACAACGAGAAACAUCGACACUCCGAUGAGCUCUACCGAAAUGAUACAGAAAUGCGUGAAGAUAGAAGCAGGGAAAAUGAAGAUGACUGGCUUAUGCAAACAUCAUGUGGUUACGAUUAUGACUUACAUUAUGAACUUGACACCCACAAACACAGCUGGGAAAACAACAAACAGGCUCAGGAAGAGGAAAGCGACAUACUGAAGAAAACCAAGUUAACUGAAAGAAGAGAUCAAGAAGAUAAACCGACUGAUACCAAAACACAGACAAGAGAGGACAGAAUAGAGAGUCUGAAAGCUCUCCUUCGAAAGCAUGAGGAAGCCAUUGAGAAGUUAAGGCCCGAUGCAAAGAAAGACAAGCAGAAAAAAUGUUUUACCAUUGCCAAAAAUAGAAAAAAUAAUGCAUCAAGAAGCAAUCCCUCCACAGAAGCAGUGGAUCACCCCUCAAAAAGGAAAAGUCGUAGAAGGAAAACGAAAAAAGCUGAGCCUUGUACAAUUAGGGUGGUUAAUACCAGAGAAGUUGAUAUUUUGAUGAGUAAGGGAGACCUUAUCACUAAGGAUGAGUUCCUGGCUGUGAUAGGCCUGGUUCGAGUCACAAAACUUCAUUCAGUAUAACCAACUUAAUUUCUUUUUUCCUUUAUCCUUUUAUUGAUUUUUUUAAAUCUGUCUGUACAAACAACUUAGCUCUAUAGAACAUUGAUCAUCAUAACUAGUAUAUAAAGGUAAGGAGCUUAUCAGUUUCAUUAAAGUUUCUGAGGGUCGUAUCAAAUCACUUAGAACAUAGGUUUAUUACCUGUUACAAUAAGGCUUUUUUAAAAAAAAUCAAUAAAGUAGUUUGAAGGCCACACCUGAUCAUUUUGAAUCAGCUAUUGAAUUGAGCCCCAACCAUUCACUUACCAUAGACCAAAAUAGACCAUGAUCAAUACUUUGGAAAAAUUAAUAUCACCAUGAAAACUGAAACACGUACAAAACAAUAGACUUUAAACCAUAAAUUUUAUGUGAUCUAGGUUUCUUUCAGAAGAGGUAUUUAAUUUUAGUAUAAUUUCAGAGCUGAGCAAAGAGUUUCCAGCAAUCUGAUUCAGUGGUCAAGCAGUUCCUUAU